CCUCUCCUCUUUCCAUCCCUCUCUCCUCUCCCUCCAUCCCUCUCUCCAUCCCUCUCCUCUCCUCUCCCUCUCCUUUCAUCCCUCUCUUCUCCCUCCCUCCAUCAUCUCUCCUCUUCUCCCCAGACUGUAUGAGAACAAAGGAGAAGCAGACUUCAUGGAGUCCUUGAGGAAUCUCUUCACUUCCUUCAAUGAAAUGAUGAACCUCAACUCUGAGAACACAGGCAUGGUGAAGCUCCUCCUCAAGGGUGCAGCGCUGAAGUACGUCCCCACCAUCGUGAACGACGUCAAACUGGUCUUCGAUCCCAAGGAGCUCAGUAAACUGUUCACAGAGUUCAUUCUGAAGGUGCCUCUGGGUCGUCUGGUCAAACAGAAGCUACACUGUCUCAUCGACAUCGUCCACAGUGAUCUCUUCACACAGCAUGACUGCCGGGAGAUCCUGCUUCCUCUGAUGACAGAACAGCUGAAGUUUCAUCUGGAGAACCAGGAGGAACUGGAGGCCUGCUGUCAACUACUGAGUAACAUACUAGAGGUCCUCUACAGGAAGGAUGUGGGUCCAACUCAGUGGCAUGUCCAGAUCAUCAUGGAGAAGCUCCUGAGGACAGUCAACAGAACAGUCAUCUCCAUGGGCAGAGACUCUCCUCUCAUUGUAAGUGACUCUUCUUCAAACCUCCCAACCAACCUCCUAUACUUCUAAAACUAUGUUCCUACUUCUUCCCUUCUCUCCUGUGUCCGGGAAUCUGACAACUAGGAUUUCAGAAAAACCUGGCAACUUCUGACAAAGUUGAUAGAAUUUUGCAACCCUAAUUCUCCCUCUGCAACAUCACCUUCAAAUCCACAGCAUCACAGAGCCAUAGAAACCUUGUUGUAAGGGAUUCAUCCGUAGACUCACACAGCUUCAUGUAGAUUCACUCCAAAGGUUCCCUUGAUCUCCCUCACUGCUUUCAUCUGCUUUAUUAGCCUGGCUAUGUCAUAUUUCUGUGUGUGUGUGUGUGUGUGUGUGUCCCGUACGUGUGUGUGUGUGUGUGUGUCCCGUGCGUGUGUGUGUGUGUCGCGUGUGUGUGUGUUCCGUGCGUGUGUGUGUGUUCCGCGUGUGUGUGUGUGUGUUCCGUGCGUGUGUGAUCUGUCCCCUAAUACAGACAGCGUUCCUAAACCCAUACCCAUGCAGGUUCUCUGAGUUAUCUAAUCAGUGGAUUCUCCUUUGAGCAUCUCAAAUGGUACACUGUGUCCUAUUGGCUCCUAUAGGGCCGCGGUCUAAAGUAGUGCUCUAUAUAGGGAACAGGGUUCCAUUUGGGACACUGGUUCUGUGAUACUGAGGCCGAGCCAAUCAUCCUCUCAGCUGGAACUCUGAGACAAUUAAGUCACUGAUAAGUCAUUCUGUAACGGUGCUGUCGUCCUGACGACGCUCCGCCCGCCGCGGCAGGCACUCAUCCAUUUACAUGAGGCUGACAGGAGGAAUGUGGCGACUUUGGCGAGGACACGUACUAUAUGUACACAGCUGGGGUGAUUUGACAAUGGAUGUACUGGAGAUUGCAGACCAAACCAAAGGACAAAUGGAAUUUGUAUUACUAAAUGUAUUCGGAAUUCAGGGGUACAAAAUAUUAUGGGAUUUUAUGUUUCAGUAGAUUGGAGAGGUCUGAUGUCCCAGUAGUUACAGUAGAAUGUAGAGGUCAGAUGUCCCCAGUAGUUACAGUAGAAUGGAGAGGUCAGAUGUCCCAGUAGUUACAGUAGAAUGGAGAGGUCAGAUGUCCCAGUAGUUACAGUAGAAUGGAGAGGUCAGAUGUCCCCAGUAGAAUGGAGAGGUCAGAUGUCCCAGUAGUUACAGUAGAAUGAAGAGGUCAGAUGUCCCCAGUAGUUACAGUAGAAUGGAGAGGUCAGGUGUCCCAGUAGUUACAGUAGAAUGGAGAGGUCAGGUGUCCCAGUAGUUACAGUAGAAUGGAGAGGUCAGAUGUCCCAGUAGAAUG